UCACUGACAUUGUGGUCAUUCGAUUGCUCGGCAUGAAUGCGGCAAGGCGUACAAACUGAACUCAAACCUAAAUUGUGCCGCUUAAUUGAGGUUACUGCCUGUGUGUUAUCUCGUUGAGGGGCUCGGCCUGGGACUGUGCUGUUAUUGUUGUUGUUUUUGCUGCCUUGCCCAAUCUUAAUCGGACCUAUAUAAUCAACUAAUUAUGUUUACUGAUUUGCUUACCGUUUUCUCUCUUUUGAAUUCCGAUUGUUAUUUUUUUAUUGUUUGCUGUUGCACCUUUGCUGACCAGCCCAUACUGGACAUCCGUGAAAAAGAGCUUCAUAGCUCAUCGGAUUGCUUCUCCGAUUUAAAUGUUUUUUAGUUGUUGAACAAUCUAAUUCUGACAUCGGUGGCAGCAAAUAUCCGGGCAGCUGAGGGUGAGAGGUUGUGUGUGUUGAGGGGUGGGUGGAGGACCUCUGGGAAUUAAGGUCGGAUUCACGGCAGCGUGGGGAAUGUGGCGGGGAAUUUUAGUUGGGAUCCAGCCACUUGGGAGGCGCGGUUGAGACACUUUCAUUGUUGUUACCAGACCUGGGGCAAAAAUGUUGCCUUUAAAUCGGUGUUAUCUUCAUUGCAAUGCCCGCGGGCGACUUAGCAGCCCCCCUGGUGGCCUUUAGUGGAGCACCAGACGUGCCCCCCCCUCCCCGACAAUACACAAAUGUCAAAACACCCCCCAUCGUAUUAAAAAAUAAGAGGUUUUUACUGGAAAUAAAACAGGUGUUAAGAUGUUCAAAUACCAAAUAGAAGCCUUUUUGCAAGGAAUCAUGUCUGCGUUAACCACACGUACAUGUGGUGAACAUGCAAACAAAAACAUGAUCUGAUAAUAUACAGUCUUUCAAACUGAUUGGCCUGCACCAGUGACAGCUUUAUUCAGGGCCUGGUUUCACCAGUGUCAGACCAGAGAAUGCCAAAAGGCGAACAAUACAAAGACAAUGCGAGAAUUGGGUGAGCAGCUACCCCCCCUAUCGUACCGUCACAAACCCAAUGGUUCAAAUGUGUGGCGGGCCUGAACACUGAUGAUGUCUUAUCGGCGAAAGUAACCCCCCCCCCACCACCUCUGAAAAUUAGUGAACACUGCUUUAAAUUAUGUGAAGAGAACGUGUCAAGAUAACAAUUUUACCCGUGUACAUAUAGAUGUACACAUAAGCAGCAUACAAGGGAUAGGUUGCUCCCCAGCCUCAUACGCUUUACAUGUUUCAUUUAAAUGGCUGAAUAUAUUCAAAUCAAUGUUGCCAUUGCCUCUACCUAUCGUACGGGCAGGGAUUACAAUUUGAUUUUACAACAAAUAGUGUUAAAUAUAAGCGCUGAAUAUUAAAUAAAUAAAAACUCUUGAAUGACUCAAAUGCAACGCGAUCUCAAGCGGAGAGAACCCAUGUAAAUUACCUUACUCUCAAUUUAAACGAACAAAAAAAAAUACACACAGACUUUCAAUAUUUAGAGUUAAAAUCCUCUCGUGUGGAAACCCUGCAAUAACACUUUCCUCCGGGGUGGGGUUUAUCCACAGAGGGGUGGUGCUAACAGUGAAAAGAGUAGCCUUGGCCACCACUCACAAGUGAGUGGGAGGCCCUCCCCGCUAGGUGAGUUGACACUCGGCGUGCCUUCUCGAUUGGGCACCAGCAAGUCAAGGUGGAGGGCACCCCACCUCCUUGCAAGGCCGGGCAAUUGUACGAUACGGUGAAAAUAAUGGGGGCAUUGGGGGGGGCGAGGACAGAAAAUUCAGGAGGCUUCACUCAAUAGCUUAAUUAUCCAUCAUCACAUGGGCAAAUUCAUUUAUUUGCAUUCUCACGCGUCUUGAUGAGCAAGAGACACCGGUGGUUUAAGGGACUGAUGGUAUGGGCUCACCCUGCUGCUACAUCAACAGAAAUCAACAAUAAUGCUACAGAAGACGAUAGAACCAGCGCAAUCUCAUUUAAAGCAGUCUGAGAUGUGGAGCGGAAAAACAAACCUUGUUACAAAUACACUGGAUUCUGGAGGUCACAUGAGCAGCACAAUGAGUGAGAAUACUAUGGACAAAGGUUCUGCAGUCGCGCACAGUCUCACAAAAGCUGUGCAAACCGCUUGUGCAGAGCUAAAUUGCCCAGGUGAAAAUCUUUCAGGGAAAAUGAAUGUGCUUUCUAUUGUAGAGGAGCACAGUAGUAAUUUUCAGAGUCCAGCAAACAGAGAAGAGAGUGUGACUUUACGGAGCAAAGGUCGUCACAUGCAAAUGGGUCAGAAGGAUAUCUACAGGUGUCUGGAAUAUGAUAAAUGUGAGGACAGCAGUCCAUGUUUGAUGAGACCAAGAAUUGAAGAGAAUACUCCUUUAACGUCAUCAACGAAUACACAUCCAGCAUUGUCCAAUGGGGAUAUAACACAAAAGGAAACACAUACUCACAACGUGGAAAGCAUUCAGCUUCUUUUUCACAAUGAAAUACAUAGCACUGGUACAAUGGACGCUGAGCAUGUGGUACAACAUUUCGAGCAUGUGGUACAACAUUUCAGUGGACAUUUUAGAAAGACAUUGCAAGGUCAAGACAGUCUAAUUGUGGAUAACUUGAGCCGUAAUCUUGAAUUGAUACCAUGUCAUGAAGGGGUCUCGAAUUAUUCAGGGUGUGAUGUUAACGCAACUCAAUCCAUAGCUGGCAUGGUUGCGGAAGACACUAAUUUUAACACUUUCACUGUGAAGGGCAUUCCCAUACCACUCUUGCCUGUGCAUGACACUCUAGAUUUUGAGAUCAAGAGCACUGAUAGUGUCAAGCUGAUCACCGAGAAUAGGUUUUGCGCCUUAAAUAAGCAAACAAGUGAAAAGGCUCAAUUAAGAAAAAUAAAUGACCCCAUUGAGGCAAUGGAUGAUCUGUCACAGCUGGAGCAGGUCAAUGAGGAAGCCAUUCUGCACGUCCUGCACUCUCGCUAUAAGCAAGAUAUUAUAUAUACGUACAUUGGACCUGUACUAGUGGCCGUGAACCCAUACAAAAGCAUCCCAGGUCUGUACGGUGCCACUCCACUCGGCCACUACCUCCACCACCGGCUUGGAGAGUUGCCCUCCCACAUCUAUGCCAUGGCCAGUGAGCUCUACCGGGGGUUGUGGAGUCGCGCCCGUGGCCAGUGUGUGCUCAUCAGUGGAGAGAGCGGCGCCGGAAAGACCGAGAGUGCAAAGCUCCUCCUGGGCUGCCUCACAGCCGCCACCCGAUGCUGCGCUGCGCUGGGCCGAGGAGAAGGAGGUUGUGGGCCUGGGCUUCCAGCUGCCAGAGGUCAGAGGGUCACUGCAGUCCAGCAGGCCCUCGAAGAGUGCGGGCUGGUAUUGGAGGCUUUUGGGAAUGCACGCACAGCUCACAACGACAACUCGAGCCGCGUGGGGAAGCUUGUCCAGCUCCACUUCUCACGUGCGGGUUUCAUACAGGGUGGCGUCGUGCUCGACUAUCUACUAGAAAAGACUCGUGUGGUCCAGCAGAACCCAGGAGACAGGAACUUUCACAUCUUUUAUGCUCUUCUGGCUGGAGCCUCAAGCCAACAGAUGGAGCGGCUCCACUUUACGGAUGUUGGUUGCCAUCGCUAUCUCAACCAGCAGGACUGCAUUCUUUCCGAUAAGGACAUGUUCAACAGAGUCUCGUCGUCCCUGCAUGCGCUCGGCCUCCAAGAGGGCCAGGUGGACGAGCUGUGGAAGCUCAUGGCCGGGAUCAUACACCUGGGGAACAUGACCUUCACCAACGUGGGAGGCGCGCAACUCGACCCCCGCAACCCGGAGCUGGGACGCGUGGCGGAGCUUCUCCAUGUGGAACCCACGUUGGUGGUAGAGGUCCUGACACGUCGCUCCAUCAUCCUACGUGGAGAGGACAUUCGCACGCGACUCUCAGUGCAACAGGCCGAGGAGUACCGGGACUCGCUGGCCAUGGCCUUGUACUCGCGCUGCUUCUCAUGGCUCCUGGGCCAUGUAAACAAUCAAAUCCAUGGCCCGCGUGACUUCCAUUCCAUUGGCAUCCUCGAUAUCUUCGGGUUCGAGAACCUUAAGGUCAACCGCUUUGAACAGUUUAACAUCAAUUAUGCUAACGAGAAACUGCAAGGAUACUUCAACAAGCACAUGUUUUCUCUGGAGGAGCAAGAGUACAAAAGGGAAGGUAUUGAGUGGAAAGAAAUACCAUGGAUGGAUAACAAGGAUUGUCUCGAUCUGAUUGAAAAGAAGUUGGGAAUUUUGGCCCUCAUUAAUGAAGAAAGCUUGUUCCCUCGCGGGACUGAUAACACUCUUCUGAACAAACUCCACCACCACCACUCCAUGAACUCGUGCUACAUCAAGCCUCGUAUGGAGAGCCGGAGCUUCGGUAUCCGACACUACGCAGGAGAGGUGCUAUAUGACAUGCAGGGCUUUGUGGAGAAGAACCGAGAUGAUUGUCAGGAGGGCGUCCUGAACCGUCUUCUUCGGAGCCGAUCUGGGUUUGUUUGGGAGCUGUUUGGAGACAAAGCAUCCGGCAGAGGGGAGACCCUGGGGCCAUCCCAACGCAAGCCCACCCUCCUCUCUCAAUUCAAGGAUUCUCUGAGUGCCCUCAUGGUCAUGCUCAGCUCUGUGCACCCAUUCUUUAUACGAUGCAUCAAGCCCAACCGCCACAAGGCAAGUACUUUGGCCUUGCGCCAGACGUGAUACACCAUUUUCCUUUGCAAAUUACAUCAUCAGGCAUGUUCUGUGCACUGCUGGAUGAAGGCCUCUCCACACAGUUACCGUUCUCCAUGCUCUACGAUGCCACAAUCCAUCUCACUAUUUCACUCGAUCUGAUCUCAUCACCUUGUCUCUUUAGCCGUUUUCUCUCAGGCACGUUCCCUCCUUUUUGCUGCCAUUCUCUCAAAAAAGCCAUCAUCUCUUCCAAUGAUAUGUCAUGCCCAAACCCACUUAAUUUUCAUGACGGUUAAGUCUCUCAUUUGUGUUUGUUCAGAGUCCAUGUUUCUGAACCAUACAUAUGUAUUAGCAGGUAAUAUGCAUGAAUGCCAGAUGUCACUCCUAGAUAGAGGAAACCACUGGCCUAAAUGGAAAAACAGUGGAUAUAUUAUAUAUUAAAAAGCAGGACCAGCUGUUGGAUCAAAAUUAGUGAACCUAUUUAUUAAAUGUUUAUGCAGAAAUGAAAUACUUCAGCCAUUUUUCUAUCCAAAAUGGCAGACAUAAAUUAUGUGAAGAAUUAAAGACCCGUUAGUCUCUUGUCACACAUAUACAGUGAGGGAAAAAAGUA